AUAUAUACGGAGCCAGCAUCUCACAGCCUGUAUGUCGCCAUCUACAUUCAUCGUGUUUUGGCUCCUGAUCAAGCUAAGCUAUGCUGAAGAUUCCUGUCCAGAAAUUAAAGUUGUUGGAAUUGGAGACUCAGACAAGCUGACUAUACUCAGAGGUUGUCCAGGUAUCCCAGGAUCUCUUGGUCUGAAAGGAGAUGUUGGACCACCAGGAGAGACAGGUGAACCGGGGGUUAAAGGCACACAAGGGAUAAAAGGAGAGAAGGGACAAUUUGGGACAAUGGAGACAAUGUAUGCUGCCAGGAACUGUAAGGAGCUGUUGGAUCAGGGGUUCUUUCUCAGUGACUGGUACACGAUCUACCCAGAUGGCGAAAGUCCCUUAAAAGUGCUAUGUGACAUGCACACUGAUGGCGGAGGCUGGAUAGUUUUCCAGAGACGAUGGGAUGGAUCAGUGGAUUUUUUACGUGACUGGAAAUCCUACAAGAAUGGGUUUGGAAGCCGCCUGAAUGAGUUCUGGUUGGGAAACGAUAAUAUUCACAUGUUAACCUCAGCAGGCAAAUGGGAGCUGCGUGUUGAUAUGCAAGAUUUUGAAAACACAAAGCACUUUGCUAAAUAUGAUUCCUUUCAAGUAUUGGGGGAAGCUGAGAAGUACAAGUUGUUACUUGGAGCAUUCAAAGAGGGGAAUGCAGGAGAUUCUUUUACGCUUCACCACAAUAUGAAGUUCUCCACCAAAGACCAAGAUAAUGAUAUUUAUCCAUCAAAUUGUGCUGACAUGUUCAAAGGAGCCUGGUGGUAUGGAGAAUGUCACCAUUCAAAUCUGAAUGGUCUGUAUUUACCAGGACAGCACAGCAACAGAGCAGAAGGCAUUAAUUGGUAUCACGGCAGGGGACAUAAUUACUCCUACAAGUUCUCCGAAAUGAAGAUCCGACCCGUGGAAUAAAGAGAGAAUUCUAUCAAACAAAACGUGCACAGUUAUAAGAGGUGAAUUAGAGGUGAACAAACGCAAUCACAUUAUCUGGAAGGAAGAGAGAAAACAUAUGGCCACACUCUUCAUAAAUUACUGGUGGGACUUACUCUACCAAGGAGGAGUUACUAUAUGCGGCUGAUGUCUUUAAUUAAGCCUCCUCUGAUUACUGAUAUGAUGGAAGAGUAGCUGGAGAGAAAAAGAUAGUUUCUCUUUCCCCAGCACCUUUUUUGGCAUAUCAUUAAUGGGAGAUGAUCUGAACUGAAAAUGGCAGCUGCUAAUAGCAGCUGAUCACUGGAGUGUAACUCCCAUCUACCUCAGGAAAGCCAGAACAUGCACGCCCUGGGUCUGCAUUGAGAUUAGCAGUCCUGUAUGACAUAAACCCAAGUCACAUUGCACAACUCAACAUUCAGUACAGAUAUGUUAACGGUUUGUUCAGUCUUCACAUGGAUGGACCAAGCAAGUUCAUGGUUCCAGGGCCUGCCAAAUCCUGUGUCCUGGGCUCUGAAUACAUUCUGGUCUGAGCAAAAUACCGAAAUGGAGAGACUAACAGGGUUAUUUGUUAAAGUGAGAAUUCAAAGUAAAUUUCAAAUUUAAGGUCAAACUAGGGAAACCGAAAAGUUCUCUAAGUCAGCAAUGCUUUCAGUUUGUCUACUCUGCAUUAAAUGUGAAAUUCAUCUUGAAUAACCCUAUAGCUGCAAAAUAUUGUCCGGCAUCUAAGGGAUCCAUAAUUACACUUAUUAGUCUAACUAAACAUGCUGAUAAGGACAGAAAAAAUGUUCCCAUGUUACAUUAAAUGGAUGCAUGGCAUACAAAGAGAUAACACGUAUAAGUGUAGUUCUACCUUAGAACAUUGUGGAAUGUAAUCACAUUAGUAAUUGACACGGACAUUUUUUUCAAUUCUUUUAUUUUUAUUCAAUCUUUCAUCACAUAUAUGAUGUAUUUGUUUAUAAUCAAAACAUAUCUUAACCGAUUAAGGACUGAGCCAAUUGUACAAGUUGUGAUCAAAACAAAACGUUAACAAAACCUGGAAUUUGCGCUAUAUGUUGUUCAGCUAUAAUUCACCUCUCUCAUAUUAAGUGCACCCACACUUAUAUAUCAUUUUGUUCAGGAGAAUCAGGGCUUUUAUUUCACAUCAAAUAUUUAUGUAUGAAUUAAAUUUAAUAUGAAUAAAAUCUAAAAAAGUA